AACACGCGUCUUCUGUGAGCCACAAAAGAGUAGCCACGAGGUUCAAUGAAGUAGCGUACUGACAUCGGCAGGCGCAUUCAUCACUUCGGACUAAAAAAAACAGCGAAAAGGCUUUACUGUUUUCCGCAGGUUACACAGGUGCUUUAUGAACUGUCCUUAUCAUAGUUGUGUUUAACGCACAUGUGUGGGUAUGCAUUGAGACUGAACUCUUUCUGUAAACAGAUUGUGGCCACUUCUACGUUCGCGUUAUUGGAAUACUGUCUGUGUCGUCGUUUGUGACCGUGUUGGCCCCGGGUUUUUCAUAUCGUGUGUUCAUCUGCGCCUUAGGUCUGGGGUGAUCCUACCUCCAAUCGAUCAGUGCACCAUUUCGGAACUACUAACAUCACCGCUAGUAGGCAGUAUUGAGCCUGUGGAGAUAUAAAAAAAUGAAGCUAUUUAUCGCCCUGACGGCCUCAACUCUUCUUGCAGUGGCAGAUUGCCAGUAUCGCCGCAUUAAGUACCGUGAAGACAACUAUUAUGAGCAACUCUACAAGCGUCGUAUGGCCGAGGAGCAAAUGCAAAAGUUCUCGCAGACAGCAUUUCAGCGACGACUGGGUCUGGCAUACGCAUCGAAAUUCCCUAUACUUCCGCCGCGUCUACGUUUCAACGCUCGCUCUAAGGACAAAGACAACGACGAUAUCGAUCUUAGCUCGACUAACCUCAGUCCGUCCGCGAUCCUCUGGGAGUUGCCUCGAAAACACUUCAACAGGAUUCUCGACUCAGGCACCACGGUAGCUCCUCCUGAAAAGUUGAUGCGGCCUCGACCAACCCGUCCCCCCGCCUACUCCCUCGAUGGCUUUGUACCAAAACCUUCAACGUCCAACCUCGAGCUGACAGCUGUGCAUCCCCCCGUAUCUCUAUCCGGAGCUAGCACCAGCAACUCCGCUAGCAGUACAAGCACUUCAGUUUUAACCAUUAAUGGCAAGAAGAGUUCUUCAUCCUCAAAAUCGUCUGUCUGGGGCGACGCUUUUCUCUUUCGUGAAGGAAAGAAGUCACGAGGCAAAAAGGAGAAGGAGCGUACCAAGCAGGAGCUUCUAACCAGAAGGUUCAAGUCGGGAUCAGCUUCAAGUAGACGUCGUUCGAGCAAAAAAGGUAUUCCUGGCGUGGAUUAUCCCGACUAUGUGCAAAUCCCGGAAACAAACUUCAGUUGUGAGAACAAAAAAAUAGCUGGAAUGUAUGCCGACAAGGAAGCUGGAUGUCAGGUAUGGCACAUCUGUACGGGUGUCAGCAAGGUCACCAAAGCCCGUCACUCGUUCCUUUGCGCAGCUGGUACAAUCUUCAGCGAAAAAAAGGGUGUCUGCGAUUGGUGGUAUAAUGUACAAUGCUAAAGCCGUCCCCGCUAGACUCUACAAACAGCCCUCAUAAUCGUAUCCGUCAUUUGACCUUUACUUCAUCUUGCAAGAGAUGUUGACAAAUCUGCGAUAUAACAAGUCGACCUCGACAAGCCGAGCACUCCUUGUUAGCGGGACUCUCAAGAGAAAGAUGUCAACGAACGCACUAUACUAUUACUAUUAGACCAGCCCGAGCGAGUCCUGACGUGACGGGUCUUGUCGAAUAACACGAGAUGGACAUCGCAACAGUAUAAGCCAUGAAGACGUUUAUGAAGCUUCUGAACCCGUAACCCCCGAUUUCCCAAAUAUCAGCCUUUUCCAAACAAUAUCUAGAAGAAUUAGAACGAUAUCAUCAUCUGUCAGCAUCAACAGUACCAUGUGCCACUACUACAUCGACUGCCACUCACGUACCCACCGGGCAUCCCUCAGAGAACGGCGAAAAACGCUGCAAGACCAUAGGAAGAACGCGAAUCAAAAACACACACACACACACACACACACACACACUUAUACACAUACGCAUUCGCAAAAUACGAAGGGACGGCAAAACAAACAGACAGAGGAACAACGACAAAAAUAACAGCGACUAUUCAUACUCAUUCAUAAAGCGUAUGCAUGCAUAGAAAUCAUCGACCAAGUAUCACUUGUUAUUAAACGCUGAAUUCAAACUGGCCGAUUCAUUCAAUAUUAGUAAAUCAGCCGAGUUCAAACGUCGUCAGACCACGAGCCAAUCCUAUGUGUAACAUUAUGUCCUAUACGCGUGCUCUGAUCAAUCGCCGUAUCUAUUAACUUAUACGUGAAUGUGACAUUUUGUACUCCAGUAUCUAUAUGUAUACAUAUAUCUACUAUAACGGCACAACGAAGAGAAAGCACAAAUUUGUUACCAGAUAUAAUAUAUUGUAACAAAGAGCAAUAGACGAAAAAAAAAAAGCUGGAGAACGUGUCACGCUUACGAUAUGAAACAUUGUAGUGGAGAUUGAAGUGUAGUACACAAAAAGAACGAAAAAAACAAAACAAAAAAAAACUGUGGUGAUGCAAUGGUGAGCAAGAGCGAGACAUCACAGUAUUAAUCAGAUAUACAUUUGAGAUUAUUCUGUGUAUAAUACUACAUACAUAUGAGUACCUAUAUACAUAAUGCCGUGUUAUUUUUUCGUUAGGUACGUGUAUAUAGAAGGGAUGUUGAUAUAAACAUAUGUGACCAUUUACAAUGAGACUAUUUAGUUCGACAGGAAUUAUCUCUAACGUAACUUAGCGGCAAGUUGUGAACGUGUACUUCUCGAUUUUUCAAUACGUAGCUACUAAUGCUCACUCGAUCGAACUUUUUCUGAAAAAGGGGCAAGUUCGACACACCGUCAUGAUCAACUGUUGUUCUACGCAGGACUGCUCCGCUCUAAUAUUACGAUCGUAUCACUCUGUGUUCUCCCGUUCCACCGGAUUCAACGUCUUCAUUGCCAUUAGCACAAAAGGAAGUUACUACGUAGAAUCUGCGUAUUUCUUCUUCUUGGCCUCCAGAAUACCCUGAUACAGUUGUGAAAAAAAAAACUAUAUAUUUCAUAGUAUAGUUAUUAGUGCCAAGGAACAAAACCUAUAUUUUACAUUGAGUUCUCCUAUGAUCAGUUGUCAUGAGCAGCUGAAUCGUCUACUUUAUAAAAAGACAAAGAUCGAAUCUUGGGAAGACAUUUCGUCCUAAUUUGAUAUAGAGAAUAGAGUCCAACAGGCAGUUUGCUUGAAAGAUAAAGCUCAUCUUUGAUAAAUAAUAUAAAUUA